AGGCCCCGCCCCCGAAGCCGGAGGGGCGGGGCCACGCGUCACUUCCGUCCCGGCCGGAACUCAAGAUGGCUGCGCUCCUAUUGAGACAUGUUGGCCGUCAUUGCCUGCGUGCCCACCUUAGUCCUCGGCUCUCUAUCAGGAAUGCCGUUCCUCUGGGAACCACAGCCAAGGAAGAGAUGGAGAAGUUCUGGAAUAAGAACACUGAUUCAAACCGCCCUUUGUCUCCUCAUAUCACCAUCUACAGUUGGUCUCUUCCCAUGGCGAUGUCCAUUUGUCACCGGGGCACUGGUGUUGCCUUGAGUGCAGGGGUCUCUCUUUUUGGCCUGUCUGCCCUUUUGCUCCCGGGGACCUUUGAGUCUCAUUUGCAACUCGUGAAGUCCCUGUGUCUGGGACCGGCGUUCAUCUACACAGCCAAGUUUGCCCUCGUCUUCCCUCUCAUGUAUCACACCUGGAAUGGCAUCCGACACUUGAUGUGGGACCUGGGGAAGGGCCUGAAGAUACCCCAGCUGUACCAGUCUGGUGUGGCUGUCCUGGUUCUCACGGUGCUGACCUCGGUGGGGCUGGCAGCCAUGUGAGGAGCUGCAGCUUCCCGCAUCGCCGCUCCACGUCACUGCGCUGGCCCGUCUCCUUAUUGGCCAUUCUGACCCCAGCCGGGGCGGAGUUCUCCCGCUCUGUCUGGGCCUUUUGUGCUUGCAGACCCGCGCUCGGUGGGUCUUGUUUCUGAGGACGGAAUGAUGGCGGACCCUCCCCUCUCCUGCCCCAGCGUGCGCCUGCUCUGUGCCUUCGCUCUCUCUCCAUACUGGUCUUGAUUUGUGCUGAGGGUCAGCUUUUGGUUCGUUCCUGAGAUGGCGGAAACAAUGCCCGCUCUGUGGCCUCUGCCGUGGGGACUGGGGGCGGGGCUUUGGGUGCCACUGCCUGUGGGUUGCUGGCUUAAAGGGCAGUUCUGUUCACUGGUCAGAGCCCGGGGUCUUGAGCACCCACACAGUGUGACUGGAAGAAGGGGGUUGGGGUGGAGGGGAGUUAGGCCGUCCCAGUCAGAGGGAGGUGACGGGGGCCAGUUGGCUUUUGGAGCAGGCGUUUUGGGGGAAGAGAUGCAGCUUUUGAUGCUAUUGAGGGUUAUUUCUUUCCCUUGCAUUUCCAGAAAAGCAAGCUUCUUAUUGUCAUGUGUUCUAAUCCUAAUUCAUGUGACAUCUUUUUCUGAAACUGAAUUAAAAUGCUCGUUUUGUCUUUGA